UUUCCUGGGCAGACUGUCUUCCCAGGCACUAAAGUAGCAAUGGUGCCUGUCCUGCUGUCCCUGCCUCUCCUUCUGGGUCCUGCAGUCCUUCCGGAGACUGGGCCUUACUCUCUGAUUUUCCUCUACACCGGCUUGUCCAGGCCCAGCAAAGGCUUCCCCAGGUUUCAAGCCACUGCGUUUCUCAAUGACCAGGCCUUCUUCCGCUACAACAGCAACAGCAGGAAGGCGGAGCCCGUGGGGCUCUGGAGCCAGGUAGAAGAAAUGGAGGACUGGGAGAAGGAGAGCCAGCUUCAGAGGGCCAGGGAAGAGAUCUUCCUCGUGACCCUGAAAGACGUCAUGGACUAUUAUGAAGACAGUGCAGGGUCUCACACCUUUCAGGGAAUGUUCGGUUGUGAGCUGUCAAACAACAGAAGCAGUGGAGCGUUCUGGAGGUAUGCCUACGACGGACAGGAUUUCAUCGAAUUCAACAAAGAAAUCCCAGCCUGGAUCCCCUUAGACCCUGCAGCUGCGAACACCAAGCAGAAGUGGGAAGCAGAAAAAGUCUACGUGCAGCGAGCCAAGGCUUACCUGGAGGAGGAGUGUCCUGCGAUGCUGAAGAGGUACCUGAGCUACAGCAGAUCUCACCUGGACCAAAAAGAUCCUCCCACUGUGACCAUCACCAGCCGUGCAACGCCAGGAAGAAACAGGAUAUUCAAAUGUCUGGCCUAUGACUUCUACCCUCAAGGAAUUAGUCUACACUGGAACCAGGCCGGCAAGAUGCCAGCAUCUGAAUCAAGAGGUGUUUUUCCCAGUGGAAAUGGGACGUACCUGUCCUGGGUGGAGGUGGAAGUCCCUGCUCAGGACAGAGACCCCUACUUCUGCCACGUGGAACACAGUGGACUGUCCCAAUCUCUCUCAGUGCAGUGGGAUGAGGCAAAGAGAGCAAAAGCCGAAAGCAAGGUGGCAACUCGGCCUCAGUAAGUCACUCUCUCUGCGUGACGUGAGAGAGAGUUGAACUUCAGAAGUCAUUGUCACCCACAAGCCUUCCAUGGGCAGCUGUACAACAGCCAACAAGAAUCCAAGGAACAGGUGUGGGGACAGAAGACUUCAAUACCAAGCACUGAGUUUACACUCAACGUCAAAUCACCUGGUCUUGAAAAACUCUUCACUGAUUAACCUGUAAGCCCUCACAGUGCCCCUCAUGCCUGGCACUGUAUAGGAAGGUGUUUUAACCUCGGAGAUUAUAAAAGUAUGAGUUGACGUUCA